AUGCGGACCGCCCGGCAACGCCAGGGCGUCACUCUUUUCAGACCCGUUUUUAUGAACGCCGUCGAGGUCGGCUACUCGUGAGUUUUUGCAAAAUUCAGUGUUUUUAGGGGAAAAAAUUGAGCGAAAAACGAUGAUUUUUUGCAGAUACGCGCACUGCGACCGCGACAAAAAGCUGAACGUGCGCGGCGUGACGAUCGCCCUGUGGCACUUUAUCUGCCGCGGACACCAGGCGAUCGCCCUCCUGCCCUACUGCUUCAAGAACUACGCGGAGAAAUCGUCGCGCUACUCGGAGCUCAUGAUGCUCUACCGGCUUAAUCUGAUCGAGUUCACGCCGGGCUACGGCAGCGAAAAGUACGCCGAAGUCAAUCGGAUUAUGGUGAAUCGGGCGUACGAGACGGGCGGUUGUCUCGUCGCGCGCAGCCAAAUGCAGGGAAUCACCGACAACAAGACGCACCUGAUCGACGUCGUCGAGCAGAGGUUUGUGAGGGAGAUUUUUAGAAAUGUUCAAAAACGAUUUGAAAGAGCAUUUUGUAGACCUCACGGUCUCCAGAGCGUAGAACAUUGGCGCGAAAUUCAAAUUUUAACAGCAAAAUUUGUGUUUUUUGCCAGAUUAGCCACGAAAAACCGAUAAUUUCUCAUUUUUCUCUCGAUAGACCGAUUGUAUAGGCUAUUACGAAUUUUUUUAGCGCAAGAGCGUUAAAUUUGGUCAAGUCGCAAAUCACAUUUAUCCGUUUGAAGGUUUUUCGCUAAAACUGCGUGAAUUUCAGUUGCUUUUCGAUAGUUUUCGCGGUUCGAGCGCUCAAAAUGCUUGUAUUUACGUGAUGUAUCAUUCUCAAAACCAAUUCUGUCGGAAAACGGUCGAGAAAUCGCAAAAUGAGAAGUGCGGUUUUGAGGCGGCGAUUGGCGGCGAACGCGAAAAAGCAAAGUCCGCGAAAAAUGCGCCAAAACGUCAUUAAUUGUGAGAAUUAGUGUGUUUUCAUGUCGAACAAUCAUUUUUCAUUGCCUUUGACCACAAAAAUCAGAGAAAACCUGCUCAAUUCAUGAAAACGCCAUUUGGCCGAGGCCACGCCCAUAUUGUCAGCUCUGGAGACCGUGGCGCCUACGAAAAGCGUGCGCCGAAAUGUGCCAAGCCCUGGAAAUUUGUAAAAAUCUUGCAGACUGCUGAUGCCGACGUUCAACGGCGACGACAUAAUGUUUCCGAUCGACGGGCCGCUCGGCCGAAACGGACCGAGCCUGAAGCAGACUCUCGAGUGCGAGCAGGGCUCGACGGACUGGCGGGCGUGCUCGGAGCACCAGUUGCUCCUCUCGGAUCAGCGGCAUUGGCUCGAAAAGUUGGCGUUGUUGGUGCCGGAGAAGGUGGCGUGGACCCGGAUGGUGCAGAUUAUUCAGGCCGGCGGCGACAUGGCCUCCGCCAGCAAUGAGGGACUUUAUGUGAAUGAGUGGGCGGAAAGAAGCGACAUUUUUGCAAGUUUUUGUUUUCAGACCGCCCAUGAUACCGAGUCCUCCGUUGGCUCCUCUCGAGAAUCCAUUCAAUCGGAACUCGACUGCUCCGACGUGUUCCAACUCUUCGAUCGUUCCGCCGCUCGUCGACGAUCCUCUUCCACCUCAUUCUGCUGUUCCGAUCUCCAACUCCGGCAACUUUGCACACCACCUGCCAAACCCCCAUCAACAGUACCAAAUUAUGAAUCGUCAUCGUCAUCUGACCACCGGAUCCGGGUCCCCGUCGCGACGUUUUCAUCAUCACCACCCGCACCAUCAGAAUCAGAAUGACCACCAGAAUCGUGGACGACGUCAUCACUCGCCGACGCGCCUCAUUCUCCGCUAUGGGCCCACUGGCAACGGCAACGGAAGCGCCACGUAUCGAUCGAAACAUUCGGCGACGACCGAUUCGGUCGAAUCGACGGCGAGCACGCAGUCGAGCGGAUCUGCCGGCAUCGGAGGAGAAGCUGUGGUGAGCAAAGUUUACUCGAAGAGCUGACCGAAAAAUAGUUUUUUUUUUUUUGCAGAAUGUGUGCUCCGGAACAGACGUGGACGAAGACGUGGCUCGUUCGCUGAACGCGCAGCUGAUUGAAGAGGCGCGGCGAGACGAGGAGAAGCGGAAGCAGGCGGAAGCGGCGCAGAAGCGGAAGGACGAGUUGCUGGCGAAGCUGUCGCAGAUUUUUGGAUACUCGAAGGUUGGUAACAAAAAAAUUUGGGUGCCUCAUGCUGCUAGAAUCAAACCAGCGACCUUCUGUUGUUACUAGACAGAUGAGGCGGAGUCCCGUGAGGCCCGGGAACACUUUGGCCGUGAUAUGGGGAAUGGGAAAUGUACGACUUUCCAUAAAAAUUGGACAGAAUUGUGUAGUUUCUGUCAAAGUCUGUACUUUCAGUCGGUGCGAGUGAUGGCCAAGUUCCCGAGCAUUCAAACGUUUUGUCUUUUGGUGGAAAAGUGCAUUCAAGAGGCGGACGUCGACGGAGACGAAUACGAAUUUGCGGAUGUGUGGGCCGAGGAUGACGCGGACGACUUGAGGACGGCGAUCGAGGAUACGGAUAUUAUGGAUCUACAGAAUCGGAUCGAGACGACGGACCUCAUUGAUUUUUCGGAUGAGCAGCUCGUGGAGCCGGAGCACGAAGAAAAAGGAGAAGAAGAAGGGGAAAAGGACGAACCGAUUGUGGACUUGAUGAAUUAA